AUGGCGGCUGUGGGGAGAGCUGAGCUUCAUGGACAGAAACGUCGAGCUGACGAUGAGCUCGAAGGAGAACAACCGCUGACCAAGAGGUUUGGGCGCCUUCGCAUUGGACGAGUCCUCGGAGCUCCAGACGCCGCCGGGCAUGUCGCCACCCCGGCCGCUCAUCCCGCUGCUCUUCCCACGGCCCGACGUGCUUGCAAGUUCAACGAAGAUGGGAUGCAAAUCGAUGAUACGAAAACAAGAGUGUACAUUAAUGAUCUAGAAAGCGAAAUAGCGGAGAUAGAGGCCGAGGAAAAGGACCACGCUAUCGAAUUCCUCCCCGAGAUCGAGAAGAAACUCAUGGCGAUCCCGAAGUCGGUUCUCAACCCCAAACCUGACAAUGAGCUUGUACUUUAUCGCAUACCUCGUUCGCUAAGCAUACCUGAAGAGGAAGAUAGGGUCCGAUCAGUGAUCGCAGAUGCGAGAGGGCGGGCAAGGGAGAAGAGUCUCGCAGAUGCGAAAGAAGCCGAAGAGGAGGAAGAGACGAAUUCAUCGGGCCUCGACGAUACAUGCAUACAUGCCACACCGUGGAGGAACAUCCAUACCAACGAGCCUGAUGAUCCACUAUAUGAUGCCAUGGAGAUCGACUGA